CGCCAUCCGUUCCACGGCAACUUUUAUUUGAUCAACAGAAUUUCACUUUGUUGAGUGCACUCCUGGACUGUGGCUGUACGUAUCCAGACUUCGUCUAGUCUAGACAAAUUGCCCGAUCAAUAACGUUGUUCAGUGUUUGUUGGAAGCAACAGAUUUUCCACGAUGGCAAUCAACAGAAUAACCAUCAUCAAAGCCAUUGAGUUGGCUCUCGCUGUUAUAUGCUUGUUCCUCCACACCAAGAGUCACACUGGAAACAGCACAGCAGAAAUCGUUUCUAUAGGAGCAUUCGCUGGGUUCACAAUCAUUCUUGCUGGUUUAUUUAUAGGAAAAGUGGUUGACUCAGCCGUUGGCUCCAAAAUUGACCUCUAUUAUUCCAUCGUAGGAGUCGUGCUUUUCGUUGGAGCAGGAUAUUACAACAUUGACACUUUCAAAGAUGGCGGAGCCGAUAGUAAAAACUACGGUUUGAUCAAGGGAAGUUUAGCAAUCAUCAAUGCUGUCGUCUUCCUCAUCGAUGCCCUAUUGGGGUGGAGAGUUUAGAAUUAAAUCAUAUAAUUCAGAAUUUUCAUUGAUUCCACUGUAAAGUGUUUAUAAUUCUCAUAACUUUCGAAUAUUCAAGAUGAAAAGUAAACUUUCUCAAUGUCAUCCAAUACAAAUACAAUACUUUUACAUACAUUUUUAUGGAACAAAAAAACUUACGAAUUUAUCACUCGGAAUAUAAUAAGAAACAGAAGUUUCAAAGAGAGCCAAAUAUCCACAUUUAUACACAAAAUGAAACAGGUACAAUUUAAAUAUAUAUUGACUUUAUAUUCGUAUUUUUGUAUAUUUAUUUGAUAGUUUUGUGAAUAUUUAGAUUUAAGAGUAUAAGAGAUGAAUUAUUUUUAAUAAACUGAGCUCUAUGUGUC